AAGCCAGACCCACAGACAACAUUCGUAACCCACCGCCUGGCCCUAGCCAUUCACCCGGAAGUGCUUGUGGGGCUAUAGCGGAAGCGGGGCGGAGCUCAGCCUUUUUGGUGCUGGUGGCCAGGGAAGAUGACAAAGGGUACAUCAUCAUUUGGUAAACGACGAAAUAAGGCACAUACCUUGUGUCGUCGAUGUGGGUCCAAGGCAUACCAUUUGCAGAAAUCUACCUGUGGGAAAUGUGGUUACCCUGCCAAGCGUAAGAGAAAGUAUAACUGGAGUGCAAAGGCUAAAAGACGCAACACCACUGGUACUGGUCGCAUGAGGCAUCUGAAAAAGGUCUACCGCCGAUUCAGGAAUGGAUUUCAUGAGGGAACCACACCAAAACCCAAGAGAGCAGCAGCUGUUGCAGCCUCCAGUUCAUCAUAAAGACUCAUCUAUUUGUGAAAAUAAAUGGUCUUAUCCAGGAAAUGUCACAUUUCUUACGUUUUACUUAAGUGAAAUACAUGAUUCCUGAAAAUAUAUAUACUUACAUAUUAAAUUUCUUGAUCGUAUGCAUUGAAGAGAUUCAUUAAAAAUAAUUCUUUAAUUGACUAAUCUUUUGGUAGCAUCUCUACCUUGAAAAUGGCCACUAUCUCUGUGCUGGAUUUAAAAAGAGGCUUGUGUUACUCAAGAAAUCACUUGCAAGAGAAAUUGAUUUUUUGACACUGAGGGCUUGCCUCUGAGUCUCAUUGUGUCUGUAGAGUGCUCAGAACACCCUAGCAUAGAGAAUUUAUCUCAAACAUAUGGACUUGAAUAAUAGCCAUAGUGCUGUUCUGAGAUGCAAUAAUUUAAGGGUGAUGCCCAGUCUUGAUGUGUUGUGGCUCUGAAAGGCCUUUAGAAGUAUAAAGUAUUCCUUAUUCAGUGGGUCAUUGCUGGGGGGGGGGGGUAUCGGGGAUCUGCUGUACUUGAGAUAGAAGUUACCCAAAAUGGUCUGGAUGGUCAGUAUGGAAAGUUGAGGCACAAUCAUUAAGGUUGGAAAAGACCUCCAAGAUCAUCUGGUACACCCAUCCCCUUACCCCUGACAUCACCCACUAAACCAUGACCAACCUUUCCUUAAACACCCCCAGGGAUGGUGACUCCACCACUUCCCUGGGCAAUCCAUUCCACUGCCUGACUAUUUCUGAGAAGAAAUUUCUCUUAAUUUCCAACCUGAAAAUAAGUUGGAGUUAAAUUAUGCUGGGUAUAAACAAGUAAAUGGUAGGUAGAAAGAUACAGAAGUGAGUAGGUCACUUGGUACAUUUGAAUUAUGGAUUGAUAACUGAUAAAUUUAUACCCUGCAUAGUGUGUUACUGGGUCAAUCAGCUGGCUUUCAAACUCUCAGCCUUUAAAAAGUUAAUUAUAUAGAGGAUGGUGAGCACUGGAAGGAUUUAGAGGAUUUUCAGAUGCCUUGAAGAGAAAAAAUUUGUUUUAAAAAACAUAAAAAAAAUAUCUGC